AUGUCUAAGAUAGAACCUGGAGACAACUGGGCGAGGACCCCAGAGAGUUCUGCUCACACGCAGUAUAACGAUGUCAUCAACCAGCGCGUGGAUGUCGGGAAGGAGCCUCCUGCAAAGACGACAUGGUAUGUGGUGCUGCUGACGUUUCUGUGCGCCUUGGGCAGCUUUUUGUUUGGUUACGACACCGGGGUGGUGUCUGGCGCCAUGUUGUACAUCGACGACGAGUUUGACUUGUCCUCCGUCCUGCACGAGGCAGUUAUUAGCGUGACUGUAGGGUCAGCCGCUGUAUUCGCCAUCGUCGGUGGCUUCGUCAACGACUCGCUGGGAAGGAAACCCACCACGCUGAUCGCCAGUGCUGUGUUUCUUCUUGGUGCUCUUCUGCUUGGAUUCUCACAGAAUGUCACAAUGCUUCUUACUGGCAGGGUCAUCGUGGGCAUAGGCAUUGGUUUGGACUCGAUGACGGUACCUAUGUAUGUAGCAGAGUGUGCCCCGGCUCACGUCAGAGGCCGGCUCGUCACCAUCCAUCAGUUCAUGAUCACCGUCGGUCUUCUCGUGUCCACUCUUGUCGAUGGAUCCUUCAGCUAUGUUGAGGGUGGUUGGAGAUUCAUGUUGGGCCUUGCUGGAGUUCCUGCUCUUGUCCAGCUGAUAGGGUUUUUCUUCAUGCCUGAGAGUCCCCGAUGGCUUGUGUACCACGACAAAGAUGAACAGGCACUGAGGACGCUGAAGAAGAUUCGGAGUACCGAACAGGUUUUGACCGAAUUUCAGCUCAUCAAAAAUGUUGUUGCUCAGGACAAGAAAAUUAAGCAGGAAUCGCAAGGUUUCGUUUUAAAGCGCAUGCUGUUAACGAAGACAACUCGACGUGCUCUUGUCGUGGGAUGCUCCCUCCAGAUGUUUCAGCAACUAGCUGGCAUCAACACAGUCAUGUACUACACAGCCUCGAUCGUCCGCAUGGCUGGCUUCCGGGACAACUCGCUGGCAAUAUGGCUCUCCUCUGUUGUGUCUGCCGUCAACGUUCUAUUCACCUUUGUGGGAAUUUAUUUUGUCGAGAAAAUUGGAAGAAAGCUGUUAUUGCUCGUUAGCUAUUCAGGUGUUUUAGUGGCAUUAGUAGUCCUGGCUGUUGGCUUCCAGCUUCCUUCUUUCAGUUCCCCAGGUGUGACUGUAAAAGAAGGAUUCAGUAACACAUCAUGCUACUCGUACAGUAAUUGCUAUCCGUGUAGCCAGGACGCAGGCUGUGGAUUUUGCUUCAUGAACACAGAUGGUGACGUUUCCAACGGUUCCUGUGUCCCCAUACUGGACAAGAAACACAAUCAACAAGCGUUGUACGGAAGGUGUAAUUCCACUUCAUUGUCUGAUGGCCUUAUGUUUGACUAUGGAUUCUGCCCAACUCCCUACUCAUGGCUUCCCAUAUUAGGCAUGGUGGCGUACCUGGCAGCGUUCGCACCAGGAUUUGCCCCCAUCCCGUGGACGCUAAAUUCCGAGAUUUAUCCCCUAUGGGCCAGAAGUACUGGUAACGCAUGCGCCUCGGCCGUUAACUGGUGCAUCAAUCUCUUGGUAUCACAGACGUUCUUGACGUUGCUGGACACGAUCACACCCUACGGGACCUACUGGCUGUAUGCAGCCAUCGCCGCCAUCGGAAUCAUUAUGUGCACUAUUACCAUACCUGAGACGAAAGGAAAGUCUCUAGAAGAAAUUGAAGAACUUUUCUCAAAAGGAUGGCUUCAUUUUUCUUUUUCAAAAAGCAGCAAAACCGGUGGCUCGUUAACAAAGAACUAUGAGCUGCUCGUGGAGUGAAUUGUAUCUAAUACGAGAGGCCUGGUGCAAUACAAAACUAUAAGCUUAAAAUAAAGAAUACUCUUAAA